CUAGGAACAUUAUUCUAGUGAAGUUUCUUUUAUUUAGUUAUCUACCGACACUGCUGAACACAUCAUACUUGUCAAAAUUGACGUAAACAUGGAUGGUCAACCGCUGGAGCCUACUUUAUACACGGUCAAGGGAAUGGCCAUUCUCGACAACGAUGGCAACAGGAUACUUGCAAAGUAUUAUGACAAGAACGUGUUCCCGACCUCCAAGGAACAGAAAGCUUUCGAGAAGAAUUUAUUCAGCAAAACACACAGAGCAAAUGCUGAGAUCAUCAUGUUGGAUGGCUUAACGUGCGUCUACAGAAGCAACGUCGAUCUAUUUUUUUAUGUUAUGGGCAGUUCGCAUGAAAAUGAGUUGAUCCUGAUGAGCGCUUUGAAUUGCUUGUACGAUUCUGUCAGCCAGAUCCUUAGGAAAAAUGUUGAGAAAAGGGCGGUACUUGACAGCUUGGACAUAGUGAUGCUAGCAAUGGAUGAAAUUUGCGACGGCGGUAUAAUCUUGGAUGCGGAUGCAACGAGUGUGGUGCAGAGAGUAGCAUUAAGAACGGAUGACAUUCCACUUGGGGAACAAACGGUGGCACAGGUGCUUCAAUCAGCCAAGGAACAGCUUAAGUGGUCAUUAUUAAAAUAAACAUUCUCAUUACAUGCAUAUUAUUAAAAAA